CGCCCUCGGAGAGCCACCGCACACGCCACCAGACACUCCGGCCAGUGGGGCGACGCGGAGCGUCCUCCCUCUAUCUCCGGGCAGUGAGCGCUCUGCCCGCCCGCGCGUGCGCCCCGGCGGGCGGCUGGACCCCGCGGCGAGAGGGAGAGCGCAGGGAACCCGAGCCGCUCGGAGGCGGGGCCGUCUGCCCGAGCCGCGCGGAGCCUCGGGACAAUGGGGCCGCGGCGGCUGCUGCUGGUGGCCGCGGGACUCAGUCUGUGCGGCCCCCUGCUGUCGGCCCGCACCCGAGGCGGCAAUUCCGAGUCAAAAGCACCCAAUGUUACCUUGGACAUCCGGUCAUUUUUUUUCAAGAGCACCAACGACAGAUUUGAACCAUUCCCACUAGAAGACAAUGAGGCGAAAAACGGAAGUGGGUUCCCUGAAGACAGAUUAAGCUCCAUCAACAGAAGCCAUCCUCUUCAAAUACUGUCCUCUCUGCCCAUCUCAAAAGAUGCCUCAGGAUAUCUGACCAGUGCCUGGCUGACGCUUUUUAUCCCCUCCGUCUACACUGGUGUGUUCGUCGUAAGCCUUCCUCUGAAUGUCAUGGCCAUCCUCGUGUUCAUCCUGAAGAUGAAGAUCAAGAAGCCUGCUGUGGUGUACAUGUUACAUCUGGCCACAGCAGACGUGCUGUUUGUGUCAGUACUCCCGUUCAAGAUCAGCUACUACUUCUCCGGCACUGAUUGGAAAUUUGGGUCCGAGAUGUGUCGCUUCGUCACUGCAGCAUUUUACUGUAACAUGUACGCCUCCAUCAUGCUCAUGACAGUCAUUAGCAUUGACCGGUUUUUGGCUGUGGUGUACCCCAUCCAAUCCCUCUCCUGGCGCACUCUGGGAAGGGCCUCCUUCACUUGUUUGGCCAUUUGGGCUAUGGCCAUCGCCGGGGUGGUGCCUCUCCUCCUCAAGGAGCAAACCACCCAGAUGCCGGGGCUCAACAUAACCACCUGCCAUGACGUGCUCAAUAAAACCCUGCUCGAAGACUAUUAUGCCUUUUACUUCUCAGCCUUUUCUGCUGUCUUCUUCUUUGUACCGCUAAUCAUUUCCACAAUCUGUUACGUGUCUAUCAUUCGAUGUCUUAGCUCCUCCGCCGUUGCCAACCGGAGCAAGAAGUCCCGGGCUUUGUUCUUGUCGCUUGCUGUUUUCUGCAUCUUCAUCAUUUGCUUUGGACCCACAAAUGUCCUCCUGAUUGUGCAUUACUCAUUCCUUUCUCAAGAUUCCAUGGCAGAAGCCACCUACUUUGCCUACCUCCUGUGUGUCUGUGUUAGCAGCAUAAGCUGUUGCAUUGAUCCCUUGAUUUACUAUUAUGCUUCCUCUGAGUGCCAGAGGUACCUCUACAGUAUCCUAUGCUGCAAAGAAAGUUCUGAUCCCAGCAGCUAUAACAGCAGUGGUCAGUUGAUGGCAAGUAAAGUGGAUACUUGCUCUAGUAACCUCAGUAAUAGCAUAUACAAAAAGCUCUUAACUUAGGAAAAGGGACUGCCAGUUAGUUGAAAAGAAAAGAUUAAAAAAGUGAGUAACCUGAGGAUUCUAUUAUUCCUUGCCAAAAAGGUAUUUGUGAUCAAAAGCAACACAUCUAUAAUUUGCAUGCCUCUUUCUUAUGAGAGCCAUUAAUCAUAUCUAUUAGUUAUAGGAAAAGAUAACAAGAAUAGAAAACAGUGUUAUUCCAAGAGUAUUGCCAGUGCUACAGUAAUAACUGAAUGUCAUUUUUUUAUAUAUUUAUGUGACUUACUAUGUAUGUGUGUAUGUGCAUACAUACACGCACACGUAUUUGUAUCAUUUUGCGUGCAGUAUAGAAUAGGCACUUUGAAACCCUGUCUUUUUGCCCCCUAGGAAAUAAACCCUAGUUUUCUGAUUUUAUGUGCAAAGUUUAGGUUGGUGGAUGAACGUCUGAAGAUGUUCAUCAAUAGGGAGGGAUUCCGUGGUUUGGACUCAUACGGCUUUUGCAAAUAAAUGUGUUUUGAAAUUGUUCAACAGCAAUGUUUAAGUUAUUAAGGGAUAAGACUUAGCACUAUCUGUGUGUAGAAAAGGUUCUACUGUUUUUCACUUUAAACGUAUCAAAGUUUGAAUUCUUUAGAUUAUGAAAACAGAUAGAUGUCUCACGCCCUCUGUAUGUAAAGCAAGAAUGAGCAUAGGUCCCACGAGUGACCUUAGGUUGGCUUUCAAAGCAGCCUGCCCCGGAUGGAGGACUCCAAGCAAUAGAUACAAAGCAGGGCCAUUUCAGACACGGACUGGUCACAAACCCUCCAGCUGAGCCUCCCAGAGAUCAGAACCAGGGCCACCACCGUUACUUUCUCCUCCUGCGGUUCCCACAAGGGCUGGCUGUGAGCUCUCUUGUCUAUUAGAAUUUGGCAAAGUAGGUUAUACUAUCCCAGGAGAUAAUGAACGUAAAAGACUUUUUUCUGCCCGUUUUAAGAAUAGAGAAGGAGGUCCCAUUCACUUCCGGCAAUUAUCUCACAAGGACCAUUCUCAGAUGGAAACACUCAUGGAGCAAACAUGAACACACGUUGUGUGCUCUGGGCACAAUGAUGGGUGCUGGGCAUACAGAGUUGACUGCGACCGAGACCUGCCCUCAAAAAGAACGAAGUAGACCAGUACAGGGUGUGGUAUGUGUAUGAUAAGUAAAUAUGUCCUUAUCUAAAGAAGCUUUUUUAGCCCAGUGUAACCAUGCAAGUUUCAUAGCAAGGAUCGUCAGUUGAAGAACUUUGAACAUUUUGGGCUACUGUUUCCAAUGGUUAUAACUUCAGAUGAAAACAUAGCACAAUACAGGAAUUACAUUUUUAAAAAACAAGUCUUCCGUUCUAUGCUGGUUGAACACUAUUUAUUUACAAAUGUAUUCAGAAUUUAAAAAUUUUUAAAGAAUCAUUUAUGCUAGUUUGAUGAGAAAUAAUAGGAGAAAUUAAAACUGACUUUGGAAUCUAGGAAAAUUAUUCUUUUUUUUCCAUUUACUUUUUUUAAGAGUUAAUGAGAUGAUUUUAAAAGCAUUUUUUAACCCCAUGAUUCGUAUCAAGUACAGGAAAUCCUCAUGGAUUUGAGAAAAUAAUUUGAAAAUUACUUUGAAAUGUAUAUUUUUUCCUUAUGGAGCAAUGUUGGCCUUUUAAACAAAAAAAUAAAACAGUUUCAAGGCAAAUGUUUACCUUUUCAAAAGAGCAAACGCUUUCCAAAUGCCAUAGAAUAAUUUACAUGAAAGAGCAUAAUGUAAGGAUAAGCUAACAUCGAUUUUAUUUUUUUAGCAUGGGUUUUAUUAACUUAGUUACUAUAUUUUAUUCAACUCAGUGGAGAUUGUUUAUUCAGUCUGAAAUAUUAAUAUACCUCUGACUUUAUAUGACUAUCAUUACUAUGUUAUCAUUGUGUACUUAUGUCAUUGUUUUUAUGUUUUCUGUUUUUAAAAAAAUGUAUAUAACAUAUUAAUAAACAUCAAAGUUUGCUUGGUA